GGGCAGCUCUGGGUAAUUCUGGGGUGUAACUUCACUGCCCCUCCUCCUCUUCCUCCUCAGACUGAAGGAACAGACGGAGUUCUGUCUUUGUCUGCGUCUAGGCUCCAUUUGGCUGUAAACUACAGUUUUUAUUAUUUAUUUGUUCGAGUGGGAAAUUUUUUCUUUACUUUUCUUUCUUUCUUGCAAAGUUUGACUCACGGCGGAGUUGUCUGAGUCCAAAACAGGUUUUUCUGUCGCUUCUGCUGCAAACAAACCCGAGCUCGAUCCACGUCAACGCGACACCGUUGACCACACAGUACGAUGGAUCUUGCCGUCUUGGUGGUGUUCAGCUCCUGGCUGGCUCCUGCGCUCGGAUCAGCGUUUGGCAGGGAGGUGUUUGCCUCAGCAGCUGAUUACGGCACAGAUUCCGACAACGCUUUUCAUUACGAUUACGAAUCUUUGAGAAUUGGCGGUCUGGUUUUUGCUGUGGUGCUCUUCCUCCUGGGAAUAUUCCUGAUUGUCAGCCGAAAGUGCACCUGUUCAAAGAACAACUCAAGAUCCAGGGGACCCAAUGUUCAAUCAGGUGUCUAGAGAGCUUAGCAGAUGCUUCAGUCAUCUGUUUGUAAAAGGAGAUGCAGAAGGAAGCCUGAGUGUUUUCUACACUUCUGGACUGUCCCCACUAGGUGGCAGCAAACACCUCCAUGACAGCAGUGUUGACGCAACAUAAGGGUCUUUCUUAAAUGUCCUGAUGUUGCUGAUCCUCUUUGUUUUUCUUGGUUUUUAAUGUUUUUAUCGUCAGCCACUGUCUGGAGAGGGUUUCAUCUUUAAUCAAGCAGCUGUGGUUUGAUUAUUUGUAUUUUUGCCACAAUCACAUAAAGGAUGCCAAACAAUAAAGCAAAUGUUUGACCAGAGAAAUAUUA